AUGUCCAAAACAAAUGGCCAAGGACUACUGACCCUAACAUCUUACCACCAAGUUACAAGAGAGGUCCUGGUAGACAAAAGAAACUCAGAACAAGAGAUCCAGAUGAGGCAAGUCAAACAAGGUGGCAAAGGACAAACACAACCCACGGGUGCAAGACUUGCUUGGAAUAUGGACACAAUAGAAGGACAUGGUGGGCCAAAAGGUACAACCAAAAAAGGAGGCACAUAUAAGAAAUCAAAGGCUACUGUAGGAAAUGGGAGUCAGACUACCGCAGGAAAUGGGAGUCAAUUUACUGCAGGAAAUGAGUCUCAAGCACCAAAUGCAAGAAAUAUGAAUCCUGAUGAAUUAGAGGAAUUGUUGAAUGAUGAUGACAUACUAGAUAUUCCACCAUUAAGAAUUGAUACUAGUCCUGCAAAGAAUAAUAUGCCUGGUCCCAAAACCUUUAUUGGUAAAUUUCCUAAGGUAUCAAACCCUGUUAAACCCGCUGUCAACCCAACUAUGAGUGACCCUGUGAAAAUAAUGAUAUCACCAAGGAAAAAGUCAAAGAAUGUUGCAUCUCCAAUUAGAAAGAGUGACAGAUUUGGGACUUUGAAGACAAAGAAUAUGGAGGGACCUGGAAGGGAUCCAAAUGAUCCAUUUGUAAUACCUGAAGAAGACUCAACUAUUGGCACUUCUAGGGGAAAUGAGAAAUGGGAUGACAUCCAGAAGAGCGUGACUCAGUAA